GUUUCCAACGGGGGAAGGAAGAACAAGUUGUCGUUAAACGGAACUAACCAAUAACAUGGAGAAGACGUCGAUAAUUGGGACGUUCGUCAUGGUGACCACGCUGGCGAUGGUCAUUGCUGUGGAUCUACCGAACAACUGGAGGAUAUGCGACAGAUCGCUUCCGUUGGAUCGGUACAGCAAGUGCGUCUCAGACUCGGCUAGAGAUGCUAUUGUUUCAUUGGCUGGAGGUUUGAAGAGCUUCAAGAUUCUACCGAUUGAGCCAUUGGCCGUGGACAGCGUGAAAAUUGGCGAGUCUCAAGGAUCGGUCACAUUGAGGCAGGAAUAUCGGAAUAUUAAGUUGCACGGUUUGACGAAGAACCUCGAGGUGAAGAAUUACAACAUCGACUUGGACAAGUGUCUAUUGACGUCGGAUUCGUUCAAUCCGCAAGUGGACUUCGUCGCCGAUUACAAAGUCGAUGGCAGAGUGUUGCUAUUACCUGUCAGAGGAUCCGGAAAAUCGAACAUCACUAUGUAUGACUUGAAGUCGCACAACGAUAUAUACUGCGAGAAGUACGAGAAGAACGGGGAAACCUAUUUUAAAGUGAAGAAGUUCAUUGUGAAAUUCAACCCUGCUCGUGUGACUCUGCGAUUCGAGAAUCUUUUCGACGGCGACACUGUCCUAGGGGAACAAAUGAACCGUUUCAUCAAUGAAAACUCAGAUCUGCUCUUCAAGGAACUCCAAGCACCCUACGAAGAAACGUUUGGACUAGUGUUCGCUUCGAUCAGUAACAAUAUCUUCAGUCGCGUGCCAUUUAACAAAAUUUUCCCACCACCGUAAAUUAAUUUUCAUCGUCGAGAAAUUUUCAUAAGAGAAUAAGGACAAAAGUUUCCAGGACGUGCCAAAAAUUUGUACAUAGCAUUCGUGCGUGAAAUUGACGUCAGCGCCACCUAUUCACUCACGUUGUUACAGCACAAUAAUGUAG